CAAAAGAAGAAGAACGUCAUCGGCGUGCGGCUGAGGCGCCCGUUGCUCAGUUUGAUCCGCUCGUGGUUCACUUUGGUUCGCUGCUGGGGCAGUUUGAUACGUUUGUGUAUGAUUUAGAGACGCAUUCGUCCCCAGAAAAUGUCCAGUGAUUUUUACUUACGUUAUUACGUUGGGCACAAGGGAAAAUUUGGUCACGAGUUUUUGGAGUUUGAGUUCCGGCCUGAUGGUAAACUGAGGUACGCCAACAACAGCAAUUACAAGAACGAUGUCAUGAUUCGAAAAGAGGCCUACGUCCAUAAGAGUGUAAUGGAAGAACUCAAGAGGAUAAUUGAUGACAGUGAAAUCACAAAGGAAGACGAUGCUCUGUGGCCCCCACCUGACAGAGUCGGACGUCAGGAGUUGGAGAUUGUAAUCGGUGAUGAGCAUAUUUCAUUCACAACUUCCAAGAUUGGGUCUUUAAUUGACGUAAACCAGUCCAAAGAUCCUGAAGGUCUCCGAGUGUUUUACUACCUGGUUCAAGACUUGAAGUGUCUAGUGUUCAGUCUAAUUGGCUUGCACUUCAAGAUUAAGCCAAUUUAAGAGCAGCUUUACGAUAGCUGUGAGGAGUGCUUUUGUAUAGCUUUCUUUUUAGAGGGUGUAUUUUGUACAUUAUUUUUGGGGAAAAUCUGUUUUUUGUUUUUUUUUUU